AUGGACCUAAGCUACAUCACUCACAGCCUAAGAAUACCAGGCCUCAAUAGUUCUAUCACUGAAACUGAGGCUACCUCGUACCCCAAAGCUGCAGUCACUAAUAAGCAAGUAAAUGCCAGUCCCUGGGGAGACAGAACCAAAAUGUGUCCUGAUGUAGAUGCCAAGACCACAGUGCAAGAUAUUUCUAAUGACAACAAUUUGGUGCUGACUCAGGAGAAGUCUUCUAGAAAAGGGUUCUGUUCAGUCCGAUAUGGGCUCGCUCUCAUCCUGCAUAUCUGUAAUUUUUCAAUACUCACCCAACAAUCGAACCUGAGCAUCGCCAUCACAGCCAUGGUGAACCAGACAGCCCUGCAGGGCCAGCCCAAUGCCUCUGUGAAUGCCCAGGAUGACUGGAAUGCAACUCAGGAAGAAGUUCAGGCAAUAGCUCCUACAUAUGACUGGAAUCCUGAAAUCCAAGGGAUCAUCCUCAGCUCCUUCUAUUAUGGCUCAUUUGUGGCUCCAAUCCCUGUUGGCUAUGUGGCCGGAGUCCUUGGAGCCAAGUACGUGGUUGGUGUUGGCUUAUUUAUCACUUCAGUCCUGUCGUUUUUCAUUCCAUUGUCAGCGGAUGCUGGAGUGGCCACGCUCAUUGCCGUACGUGUUAUUCAAGGCAUAGCACAGGAUAUGGUUUUGACAGGUCAGUAUUCUCUUUGGGUCCGAUGGGCUCCCCCACUAGAAAGGAGUCAACUCAUCAGCAUUGCUAUAUCAGGUGCAGCGCUGGGAUGGUUUCUUGUACUCAUUGUGGGUGGUCUCAUCUGCCAGACCAUAGGAUGGCCUUAUGUCUUCUAUAUCUUUGGUGGAAUUGGGUGUGUCUGUUGUCUUCUUUGGUUUCUUCUUGCUUAUGAUGAUCCUGGAGAUCAUCCCUUUAUCCGUGCUGAUGAGAAGAGAUACAUCGCAUGUUCACUGGCUGAUCAGGAUGACUUGCCAGGCUGGUCUCUUCCCAUUAAAGCUAUGAUGAAAUCUCUACCACUAUGGGCCAUCUUAGUAUCUUAUAUUUGUCAAUACUGGAGUAUACAAAUAAUAUUGUCAUACACACCAACAUACAUCAACUCUGUGCUUCAAAUGAAUGUCAGAGAUAGUGGGAUCCUGUCGUCACUGCCAUGCAUUGGUGGCUAUAUUGGAAUUCUCCUUGGAGGUCUCUUGGCUGACUUUCUCCUCUCCAGAAGAAUUCUUGCACUCGCCACCAUCAGGAAACUCUUCACUGCCAUAGGGGUUCUCAGCUCAUCUGCACUUCUCAUGUCUCUGCACUGGGUCCGAUUCAGCCUGAGCGCCACCAUCAUCUUCUUGCUGUUGCUUAAUCUCCUUGGUAACCUCAGUCAAUCAGGAUCUAUUGUGAACUUCAUAGAUAUUGCUCCUCGGUACACCAGCUUUCUCAAGGGAUUCUUUCAAGUAUUUGUGUUCAUAGAUGGAGCCAUUGCUCCCACUGUUGCUGGAAUUUUAAUCAAUCAGGAUUCAGAGUUGGGAUGGAGAAACGUCUUCCUCAUCUCAUCUGCCAUUAACAUAGUUGGCUUGAUCUUCUACCUUAUUUUUGGCCAAGCACAAGAGCAGGAUUGGGCUAAAGAGGAAACACUCACUCGCUUGUGA